AAAGCAAGCAAGAAAAGAAGAAGAUUUACCCGGAAGCAGGACUGUCACUUUUGUAAUUGUUCAAAAUGGAAUAAGAAUACUUCGUGUCUUCACAAGGAGACAUAAUUUAUGUUCAGUUAAUUGAGUUUCCUCUUUACGAGUGACAUGGAGACGGUUGAACAAAGUUCCACACCUGAACUUUCCGCUGCGAUGCGGGCAAAAAUCGAAAGAAACCGACAGCGGGCGUUGAUGCUCCGACAAGCCCGAAUAGCAAGCCGUCCUCUGGCCGCAGUCCAGGGCGCCACUACGGCCAAAGUCUGCAAAACCAUUGACUCUGGUGCGGGCUUUUUCAUCGAGGAGGAGGACGGCGGCGAAGAAGAGCAAAGGACCAAUAAGGUUGUGCACCAGCCUGCCCCGGUCAUAGAGCCAGACUAUCUUGUGUGUGAUGACUGUCAAAAGCCCUUUAUGGACUCCUACCUUAGCAACAGCUUUGACCUGUCUGUGUGUGACAAGUGCAGAGACAAUGAUGUGAAGCAUAAGUUGAUCUCCCGGACUGAGGCAAAGCAGCACUACCUUCUGAAGGACUGUGACAUAGACAAGCGAGAGCCUACGCUCCGAUUUAUACUGAAGAAAAACCCUCACAAUCCACACUGGGGGGACAUGAAGCUCUACCUUAAACUACAGGUGGAAAAGCGAUGUAUGGAGGUGUGGGGUUCUGAGACAGCUUUGGAGGAAGCCAAGGAGAUGAGGGAAGAGAACAGAGAAGUGCAGAAACAAAAACGGUUCAACAAGAAAGUAAAAGAGCUGCGCAGAGCAGUGAGGAGCAGCAUGUGGACCAAAGAUACCAGCGCCCACCAACAUCAGUAUGGACCAGAGAUGGUGGUAGAUCUGGAGGAGGAUCUCUACAAGAAAACCUGCUCCACCUGUGGACAUGAACUCACCUAUGAGAAGAUGUAAAACGGACAUACCAGGUUCAAUACCACUUAGUUUUUCCACAUCUCAAACCAUUCAGGUCAAGUUCAAGUAUUGAAAGAAGUUAUUUAAAAACUGGCAACAAUUUAUAUUUGGUUUACCUGCACUAGAUUGCUGUAAACAAAUAACCUGGUAUUUGUCUGCAGAACAUAAUGCGGUUAUAAGAAUGGUUAAUCCAUCCAUUUCCUACCUCUUGUCCCUUUUAGCAUAGCUAGGUAAUCAAGAGCUGAUGAUUUAUGGUCACAUUUCAUAUGUUUUUGAGCUGUAGCCAUGCUACGUUUAACUUAAGUUAAACAAAAAAUUACUAAGAUGACAGCUUUUCUGGUGGGUAAAUUGGAUUUGUCAAAUAGUUAAAAAUGCAUCAAUUUCACACAUUUGUUUGGUAUGAAAAUAGUUUUUAUUUUAAAAAUCAAAUCUUUUGUGAGUUUUGGCACCAUCAAAUACCAAUGAAUCUUCAGUGGCAUCAACUUGCAGCUCUUCGAUCUCACCCUGUGGAGAACAAAUUAGAUGGGAAUGUUGUAAAUAUGAAUAUAGCAGUUUGUAAAACCAAAAUAGAUGAUUGUAUGGUGCUAUUAUACAAUAUUGUCACAACUGAAAAAUAAAGUGUCGAAUAUUUCAAACUGUCUAAAUCUAAACUUUGGAUAUGUAUGACUAUGGAGCAUCUUUUAAGUAUACAUGAAUACAGUCAAGUCAUAAGUUUAAAAUGUAUACAUGUUCUGCAAUUUGUCCCAAUUCCCAAAACAAGGGACAUGGAGAUUACAUCCAAGCAAUUGAGGUCCAAGUGUACUGCCCUGCUGCAAACACCUCGUGUUUUAGCAUUAUGCUGGCAAUAUAAAAGAACAUAAGCAAUUUAAUUUAGACUUAUCACUAGGGAUGAUGUUUGAUAAAAAAUUAUCGAGUUAAAGUCUAUUAUCGAAUCCUCUUAUCGAACCAAUUCCUUAUCGAUUCUCUUAUCGAGUCCAGAUAGGUUGUUGUAUAUGGAAAAAAACACAAUAUUUGGUUUAACAAAAGCUCACUUUUAUUAUAUAAGAACAAUUUAAUCUAAAAAAUAAAUAAAUAUUGACUGUUGCCCCCCUAAAAAAAUAAAAUAAAUAAAUAUUGACUGUUGUUACCCAAAGUAUAUUAAGUGGGAUUUUUCAGAAAAACUAAUAUAUAAGGUAACACAAAAACAACCUGUCUCUGUGAUCACUAUAGGUGUAUAAAUACUAGUGUUAUAAAAUCAGUCCCUUGGGCACAAAACUGAAAAUAAUACAGCUCUCCAAAAAGUGCACUUCUGCUGCUAUUUGACAUAACUGUUUGUUAUGAUGCUUUGACAUUUUUGCACUUUAUUUCUUUAUUGAAAGAAAAUUCUAUGAAGAGAAAAGUUGUUUGCAAAUGUGGUUACAAUGCUAAAAAAUGAAAAGUUAAAGCUAAAAAAAGAAAUACACUUUGAGUUAACAUUAUUUCUUUAUAGGGGGAAAGAUGUUAUGAGCUAGGGAAUAUAACAACUACACUGCCCAUCAUGCAACGGGAGUGACGAGCAUGCGCGGUAGCCCCGAAAAGUGUUGUUGCAUGUCGUCACCCGUGAAAGUAAACGUCAAGAACUCAGCCAACACGCCUCGUCUGCAUUAUUUAUAAUUAGACAGACAACACAUAUACAGUGUGAUUUUGUUUUGUUUACAAGGAAAGAAAAACAAAAGUUGAAAAAGGGAGAUCAUGUCAUAUAUGUAUGUGCUGCGGUUGCUAUAAGAACGUUGCGCCAGCUGCCGUAAAGG